AGUACGAGCGGCACCCUCGCUCCGCGACCGGUCAGCACUAUUGGGCACAACACCUCCACAGUCUGGACGGUCAACACCCUUUGGCGGAAGUGUGUACAAUCCAUCAACACAGUUCAAUGGUCACCGGUACGCAGACGAUCUAGAGGGCCAAAAUGACGAGGCGCUUGAUGGCCUCAGCGCAAAAGUCAAGCUAUUGAAGGAUAUUACGAUUGGAAUUGGAAACGAAGUCCGAGAAUCGACGAUUCAACUCAGCCAAAUGAACGAUGCUUUUGCGGAGACAGGUGGCAUUUUGUCAGGCACAUUUCGACGUAUGAACAACAUGGCUGCACGGCAGGGCUGUCGCUGGCUGUGGUAUAUUGUCUUCCUGGUCAUUGUUUUCUGGUUCUUUAUGGUUGUCUGGUGGUUCAGAAGAUAA